GACUCAAUUCUUCUUUUUAAAAACUGUCAUCAAAGCAUUAUGUUCUGUCAAACUAUGAUAAACAACAACAUAUAUUUCUUAAUAUGUAUUUUAGUCUUUUUCUAUUAGUAUUAUCAUUUAAUCACAUAAACUUUGUUAGUUCCGACAAGGGGAAUUCUACUAAGGAUGAAGAAUGUUCUUUGUGUAACCUUUCUUUUUUUCGUCGAAAACGUGCACUGCCUGAAUACACACGGUGGCGUGCAACGACCCAAGAAUUCAUUGUGAAAGUUUUAGAGGAUGAUGUUACAACGCCGCAGACAAAACAAAUAGUAGCGGUCAACAUUAAACCCAAUAGAAAAAUAGAAGAAAAGAUAAUAGUUGGUGCAACACUUUUAUCUACAGCAGUACCAAUAACAACCCCAUUAUCUGACGAAUACACACGUUUUGUACCUCCCACAACAUUAAAAGUCAGUCGAUAUGAAGAUAUGGUCUUCGCUCCUGCAACAACAGGUGGUAUUCCUCCAAUUAAACCUAAAAGUAAAGUUAGGAAAGGUGAACAACAUAUUGGUCCAAUUAUAAAAUUUACUGGAGAUCGACAUGGACUUCGAGAUGAGAGCCCUCCCUCUGGUCCAAAAUUUAUUCCUAGAACCAAUACUGAAUAUCUUUCGCAAUAUGCACCUAUUGCUCCAAUGGUGUUCCCUCAAAAGACCACUUUUCGUCCUCUAACUCCACGUACUGUUGAAAAAUUCGUAAUAUAUAAGACUUCUGUUCGACCUUCACGUACAUCGCAAUUGUUGGACUAUAUAACACCAGCGAGAACCCCGGAUUUUCUCAAUAUAUUAGGUUUGGUUGACAACAACCGGAAACCUUUUACAUUUUCACCUACGCGUACUUCGAUAUUUCCAAAUGAUACAUCUACUACUAUGAUUACUUUUAUAGACGAAAAUGAUGAUUUAGUCCAAACCAAAUCUAACGUAGAUGACACAAAUAGAAGAAAAUAUGAGGAAAAGAAAACUACAGAAAAAGAUUCGGAUGAGUUCUAUAAUAAUUUAAUGAUGUAUGAUGACGAUACCGAUGUCACAACUAAAAAAGUUUAUCCUGGAUUUUCUGACGCUGACGAAGACAGCUCUGAGAAAAGUAAAGAAACGGAGACUACAGAUACCACUAUCGGUCUUUCUUCUGAUUUAGAAGAAUACGAUAAUACAACAGAGAAAAUGGAUUAUCAUGACGAAGAUGACGUACAAAAAGGAACUACAACAGGCACAUUGACACCAAGAAAUACUGAAGAAGUGACAUUAAAAGCGACAACUUUUGCAAAGGGAGUGGAAAAUAAUACAAAAAGAGUUUGUAGUCUUUUAAAACUGCGACACCUAUCAUUCAGUUCACCACGCACACUUUAUGAGAUAACAACUCAAUUAAAGCAAUGGGCGGAAGAAAGUCCUGUUGCAAAAUGGGUUGAUAUAACAAAUGGAAAUUAUACUGUAAUGGAAAAUCCCAUUUAUAUGAUGAUCGUGGACGACCCUAGUAGUGGACAAAUUAUGUCAGCGAAACAAACUGUCAUGAUUGUUGCGGGUAUUCAAGGGAGAGACCACCACGCGGUAGCAGCAGCUAUGUAUGUGUUAUAUCAAUUAAUAGAGCGUACUGACGCUCACUCAGAUCUCCUAGUAAAGUAUCGAUUCUGGAUAAUUCCAGUAUUUAAUCCAGAUGGAUACGACUACUCGAUGACGUUUCCCCGUCGACGGGAAUGGACAAAGAAUCUACGCCAAACUUGGGACUCGUGCAAGGGACGUGACUCUUGCGAAGCGUGUGAGUUAUACGGGGUCAUGUGUACUAUUCAGUCCUGCUAUGGCGUGAACCUUGAUAGAAAUUUCGAAUAUCAGUGGAUCCCACCAGAGGAGCUACGUUCAGAACAUCCAUGUGGUCCAUUGUACGCGGGUUCUAGACAACUUAGUGAAGCCGAAACUCGCGCGCUAACUCACUUCCUCCAUGAACAGAAAACUCCACUUUACACCUUUAUAGCUUUCAAGGAAGGGGAUGUUCUGGGUAUAAUGUAUCCAUAUUCUCACACACGCAAAAGAAGAGCAUUCGAUCAUGUUUACAGACAGCGAGCGUCAAUUGCAGCAUCUGCUGCCUUCAGUAUUAGUGGUCGACCUUAUGCUGCAGGACAAACAUCUGAAUUUUUACCGCUUUAUGCUGGUGGUAUAGAAGACUGGGUUGAUGGCCACUUAGGUAUAGACAAUACCUAUACAAUCAUGAUGUUUCGACCCAGCGACUCGUAUAAUUCGAAGAUUUUAACUGAGCGCGUCGUUCAUGAAGGAUUCGCAGCUGUAGAUACGCUUUUGCUUCAGAGCACUGGACCCUUGGGACCUCCACCAGUCACAUUAAGUCGGUCAAAGGCAGUUGAAUUGCAACCUACAACAAAAACAUUUCUUAUUUUAUGUAUACAUUUCGUAAAAAAUUUGUGUAAAAGUUAGGACGCAAUUGUGAUUUUACUACGGCAGUGAAAGCAUAUUUAUUUGUGGAUUUUAGAUGAUGGCGAUGCCCAUCUAUUUAUGUCAUGCUCUCUGAGUUCAAAAUACAUUAACGUUUACAUAACCUACAACUCUGAAAUCAUCAGUCACGCCCUAACUAAAGUAUGUCAAAUUUUUGGUACACACAUUUGACGAUAGCGUUUACUAGUUUGUUAAAAUCAUGGUUGACUGCCGAAAGUUACUACAAGGUUUAAAAACGUUUUAAAUAAUUAUAAACUCUCUUUUUUAGCUUUAAUUCAAUAUUUACUCAAAAGUUAAUUAAUAUUUUUACGAAACAUCGCUCAUUCUAAAUUUGGACGCCUUGUUUUUAUUGAAACAUAAAUUAAUUUUUCUUUACAUUAAAGGUGGUCUUGUCGUUAAAGUUACAUCCGCUGCCUUAAAAAAAGAUUAAUUUCCCUUAUCCUGACUAUUAAUAUUUGCCGUUUAAUUUCAACUGAGCAAUGUAGUAGUAAUAAUAACAAACACGUUAUAUGUUAUAUUCAGGAAUUUUGUCAUUGUUAAUAGAUAGGAUAUCGGUAGAAUAUUUUGACUUGUUUGGACAAAAGGUGUGGUGAUUACUCACAAUACGCCAAUAUGAGUGCGCUAAUGUACUGUAUCCUAUAGGAUACAGCCUGACUAAUGCCUAUAGGCAACCAAGUCGGCCGGAGACAGUGCAGGAGUCGUUUUGUUUAUUGCAUUCAAAUCAAGCCAAUUGCGGAGCUGAUACCAACUCUAGUAAUAUUUUUUCUUAAAUUCUUGACAGCUGAUUAACCCGAGAGUACGUUCUUUUUAAAAAUACCAAUACAUUUAUUUCAGGGGUGGAAUAAAAAAAUCCUAGUGUUUUUUCUUAUCUGUCAAAACUACAAGUUUCUCUGGGGUUAUCUGGGGUUCAAUAAAUUCGGGAAAUAUUAGAUUAAUUUUAUUAAUCAAAUUACUAACUAUAAACGUGAGUGUCAACGUUUUCCUUAAAUGACUCAAUAAAACCGAUUAUUUAUAUGUACUAAAUAGCAAUGUAUAUAGUUAUAGCCCCUUGUUUUUUAUCACUUUAGUUUUUUGUGUAAAUAAAGGAAUUAUUCA